UUAGCUUUUCUCGUAAGAUCAAAUUUUCAUUCGAAUAUAAGUAAAUCCUUUAUAAAUAGAAAACAUAAAAAUAUAUAUAUUCCCGAACAAUAUUUUAUACAAUAGAAGCCACAAGAACUCGCAAUUUCAAAAUUGUCCUACAAAAAUAUGUCAAGGAACUCGCUGCUGGCCCUAACCGCCGGCACAGCCGGUGCACUGCUCCUCGGCUAUUGUAUAUAUUACGAUCGAAAGCGUCGCUCCGAUCCCAAUUACAAGAAGAAGGUGCACGAGCGUCGCCAAAAGACAAACCCGUUGCCGUUCGUCUGCGAUUACCGAGGCGAGUCGACAAGCGACGAUACAUUUGAGCUCAACGAUCAUGAGGUUGUGCAGCAUUAUUUCCAGAAUGAGAUCAAAAUGGCUGAGGAUCUAUUUAGGCAGGCCAAAUUGGAUGCGGGCCUGGUGCAUCUGGCCAAUGCCAUAAUGGUCUGUGCCCAGCCAGUGGCCCUUCUGGAGGCCAUGAAAGUGGCAUUGCCCGAUCGCAUCUUCAACCUGCUGCUGACAAAGCUACCUGAUCUGCAGUUGCCCAAUCCCCUUGGCGAGACCACGGGCGUAGAUCUCGCGCUCGACUGACGCUCGAUCAAUCUCCAACUUUUGAUUUUUGUAGUUAGUUAGAAAAAACGAUGAAAAGCCCAGCCAAAAACACAAACCAACCAAAAAACAAACAAAUUUGCUUGUACAGCGUUUCCGGCAAAAAACAAAAAUCGGCAUUUUUGUUAUAGCUAUUUUCUUUGGUCCAACCUCUCCCCCCCCAAAGCUAGAAAUGGGCGUCGAUCGAACAAUCGAUGCAAACUCAAGCUCACACUUUGACUUUCUGCGAUUAGUUGCAAUAAAUAGUAAAGAACCGCAAACAAA